UGUUUGCUUUGUAAUGGUGCGUAGACGCAUACAAAUGGGUCAUCAUGGUCGCGCAACUCUGCGUUGGUGCUCGAUGGUGCAAGUGAGGUCACAGUGCACCACUACUUCAGCCAUCGCACGUUAUUCGCGAAUUGGACAAAUUAAAAAUGCUCGCAAGAUGUUCGACGAAAUGCCUCUUCCUCACAGAACCAUCUCUUCGUGGAACGCCAUGGUCGCCGCAUACUUCGAAGCCCACCAACCCCGAGAGGCCAUUCUUCUGUUCGAUAAAAUGCCACACAGAAACACAGUUUCUUGGAACGGCUUGAUUUCCGGUUACAUCAAGAACGGCAUGCUGAGUGAAGCACGGAGGGUGUUCGACACAAUGCCCGACCGCAAUGUUGUUUCGUGGACUUCGAUGGUUCGCGGUUACGUGCAGAACGGCAUUGUUGUUGAAGCGGAACGGCUCUUCUGGCAGAUGCCUCACAAGAACGUGGUGUCGUGGACCGUAAUGCUUGGUGGGUUGUUGCAACAGUCUCGUUUUGAGGAUGCACGCAAGUUGUUUGAUAUGAUGCCUGUGAAGGAUGUGGUGGCGGUUACAAAUAUGAUUGGAGGGUAUUGUCAGGAGGGUCGUUUGGAUGAAGCGCGUGCUUUGUUUGAUGAAAUGCCAAAGAAAAAUGUGGUUACUUGGACUGCAAUGGUUUCUGGGUAUGCACGGAACCAGAAGGUGGAUGUUGCAAGGAAGCUUUUUGAAGUGAUGCCAGAGAGAAAUGAGGUGUCUUGGACGGCUAUGCUUAUGGGGUAUACUCAUAGUGGGAGGAUAAGAGAGGCUUCUGAGCUUUUUGAUGCAAUGCUGGUGAAAACGAUUGUUGCUUGCAAUGAAAUGAUCAUGGGGUUUGGGCUUUAUGGGGAGGUGGAUAAAGCUAGACGUGUGUUUGAGCAAAUGAAGGAGAGGGAUGAGGGAACUUGGAGUGCUAUGAUUAAGGUAUAUGAAAGGAAAGGGUAUGAGUUGGAAGCGUUGGGUUUGUUUGCUAAGAUGCAAAGGGAAGGGGUUGCGCUGAAUUUCGCUUCAUUGAUCAGUGUUCUUUCUGUGUGUGCCAGUCUGGCCAGUCUUGACCAUGGCAGGCAGGUCCAUGCUCAGUUGGUGAGAUCUGAAUUUGAUCAAGAUCUAUAUGUUGCCUCAGUCUUGAUUACGAUGUAUGUUAAGUGCGGCAAUCUUGUGAGAGCAAAACAGGUUUUUAACAGGUUUCCUUUGAAGGAUGUUGUUAUGUGGAACUCUAUGAUCACUGGUUAUUCCCAACAUGGAUUGGGAGAGGAAGCUUUAAAUGUUUUCCGUGAUAUGUGUUGCUCUGGAGUUCCGCCAGAUGAUGUUACCUUCAUAGGGGUUCUUUCAGCUUGUAGCUAUAGUGGCAAGGUGAAAGAAGGGCUUGAAGUUUUUGAAUCAAUGAAAUUCAAAUAUCAAGUGGAACCUGGAGUUGAACACUAUGCUUGCAUGGUUGAUUUGCUAGGCCGAGCAGGCCAGGUGAAUGAUGCAAUGAAAAUAGUAGAAAAGAUGCCAAUGGAACCUGAUGCUAUUGUUUGGGGUGCAUUAUUAGGAGCAUGCAGAACCCAUAUGAAGCUGGAUUUGGCUGAAGUUGCAGUUGAGAAACUUGCACAGCUAGAACCCAAAAAUGCUGGACCUUAUGUGUUGCUCUCAAAUAUGUAUGCAUCUAGAGGAAGAUGGAGGGAUGUUGAAGUCCUUCGGAAAAAGAUAAAAACGAGGAGUGUUAAAUUGCCAGGCUGUAGCUGGAUUGAGGUGGAGAGAAAGGUACAUAUGUUCACUGUGGGCGACAGCAAAGCCCACCCUGAGCAGCCUAUUAUCAUGAAAAUGCUGGAGAAGAUAGGUGGAUUAUUAAGGGAAGCUGGGUACUGUCCUGAUGGUACCUUUGUCCAUCAUGAUGUGGACGAGGAAGAGAAGACACAUAGCUUGGGUUAUCAUAGUGAAAAACUAGCUGUAGCAUAUGGACUCCUAAAAGUUCCUGAAGGGAUGCCAAUUAGAGUUAUGAAAAAUUUGCGGGUUUGUGGGGAUUGUCAUACUGCAAUCAAAUUGAUUGCAAAAGUCACUGGAAGGGAGAUCAUUUUGAGGGAUGCUAAUAGAUUUCACCAUUUUAAGGAUGGUUACUGUUCUUGCAAGGACUAUUGGUGAUCCUUGAAACAGAUCACCUAUGGCUAAGAGUUGAAGAAGCUUGGAAUAGAGGGUUUCUUUGUCCCUGGGUUUGUUGGACUUGGAUACCCAUACUUUGGUGGGCUGUAUUCUAGAAUCAAACAGAAUCUCCUUAGUUUUGAGCUUUUCACUUACAAAUUACAAUUGUAACAAACGUGAGUGAGUAUUAUGGUACAUUCUGCUGACAGAUAAAUUGGUAUUAUCAUUAAAGGAAGAGAUAUACUGCUUAUACCGGUUGCACCCUUGAACAUCUGUAUUUAAAUAGAUGGAAUGAAGGCAUUCACUUUCAAAGAACUGGCACUUGAUACCAAUUACUGACAAAUUUAUUGGCUCAUCUAAUGCUGUCCAAUGAGGUUAAGGGAAGGUUUUAAGCUGUUAUGGGUAUGCUCUGACCCAUAUAUCCUACAGUCCCACAUACCUGGAGUUGUGUUUCAGGAGCUUUUGAUAUCACAUAAUAGGAACAUUGAUUGCAAGACUGCAGAAUGCUUUGCUUCCUUUACAACUGAUUGUGUUGAGGGAUUAACUUUGGCACUCAGUUAUUGACUUGUUCUCCUGAUAAUACAGAGAAGAGGCUAUCAUGAUACAAUGGUCAGGGAUUAUGUUCUUAAAAUUUUUCCAAUACUGAAUCUUGUUAUGCAAUUUUUUGCUAGAAUUUGUAUACACAACUUAUGAAGUCACAACAUUAUUUUAAAUGAAAUGUAGUUGUUUGGCAUGAAAAUUUGUACACCUGUAUUUAAUAUAAAAUGAUGUAUUAGCAUAUAAUUUGUUUUAAUAAACUAAGUUUACACAUGAUUUUCUCACAUAGGAUGUAAUGCAUAUUCCCGUCAGUCCUUUUUCUGGAAGCAAACUUGUCUGUGCUAUCAUUCCUGCCGUUUUUCCUGAUUUUUGUCAUACUAGUAUCCAUGACAAUAUUUUUUAUGCAGAAAAUUGUUA